AUGGUCGAGUUCCCCUCGACCAUCCAUCCCUUGGGCGCGCACAAUACCUUAGGAUUAGGGGAGUACUUUUGGCGCAUAGAUGAAAACGGUCUGAUGCCGAACUACCCAGCGCUGAUAAGAAGGCUGUGGCAGGGUCUCCCGGAAGAUCUGACUCACGUAGACGCCGUUUACGAGCGUUUCGACGGUCGCAUCGUCUUCUUCAUCGGCAGAAAGUAUUACGUUUUCGCCAACAAUCGAGUGGAAAACGGCUAUCCGAAACCGCUUUCGCAUCUGGGACUCCCCGAGCAAGUGGAACGACUGGACGCUGCCAUGGUGUGGGGGCAUAACGGGAAAACCUACUUCUAUAGCGGAGAUAUUUAUUGGAAAGAAGCUUUGUUCGAACGAUCCUUCGAUCCGAGUCGUAUGUUUGGACGAUCUGAAACUUCGGAUUCAAAGGUUCGCACCUCGCAACAGGAUGCACAAGAAUUUCUUUGUUACCUGCUGGAAGGGCUGCACGAGGACGUCAACAUGGUCGUAGAUGAACCGAAUCCGAACCCAAACCCAGUACUUAUGGAAAUCGACAAAUCAUUUAGUUUUAAUGUCGACGCAAUGGAUUCGUGGUCGAGAUUCUUGAUAAUGAAUAAAUCUAAGUUCGUCGACAAUUUUGUCGGGCAGUUGAAGUCUACUUUGAGAUGCACCUUCUGUGGAUAUUGUUCGGAGACAUUCGACCCAUUUUGGGAGUUGUCUUUACCGAUACCACAGCGAUCAGGCCAACUCAGCUUGUCUCACUGCUUGGACUCGUUUACGAGUGUUGAGAUUUUAGACGGCGAGGAGAACCAACUUGCUCGAUACAUCAACAAGUUCCCAAAAAUUUUAGUUAUACAUCUGAAUCGUUUCUCGCAGACUGUAGAGUUCAGUGAGAAACUUAACACACUUGUCGACUUUCCCUUGAUCGGCUUGGACAUGAGCCCCUAUGCAGCUGAAGAUAUCGUUCCAUGUCCUUACAAUCUGUACGCUAUCUCAAACCACAGCGGUACCACCUACAGCGGACACUACACAGCCUACUGCAGACAUCUAUAUACGAAAAUUUGGCACGAAUACAAUGAUUCCCUGGUUUCUUCAAUUUCGUCGAAUUCUCUCGUAAGUGGGGAUGCUUAUAUUCUUUUUUACCAACAAGAGGCUCACCCCAAAUACGAACAACGUGAUGUUGACUCUGUGAAGAGCACUCUUCGUACUGUCCACUAUUCCGCUGAUAACCACGACAUGUUCAACACAGUCGUGGAGAAGCAUGAAACUCCAGUUUACCUAGCUCCAGCUGCACACUCUGCUCCAGUAGAUAUUGUAUACUCUGUCCCAGUACUGAAUGUAUGUUCAGGGAGGACGUACUUCUUCAAGGGAAAAGGCUUCUGGAAAUUCGACGACCAGCACAUGAGGGUGGAACACGCAGAGCAGAAACUGUCAGCGCCCUUUUGGAUGGGCUGCUCCACCAACUACAGGGAAAAAUCCCCUUUCACGAGCAGCUCGGGACAAAAAUCAUCCGCUACUGCCGAAACUGCCAUAUUUAUUUUAAUUUCGCUGUGUUCUGUUAUUUUGUCGAGGUCUAGUAAGCCUUGGUGA